AUGACAGUUACAAAUUCCAAGCCAAAGAAACACUUGAUUCUGAGUGCUGCCACUACAGCUACAGCUAAGCAUUGGCAAAUCAAAGAAGAUAAUUCAAGAGAGCUAUCAAGAGAUAUAAACUGGUUAAUUGAGUUUGCACAACUUGCAGAAAAGGGAAAAUUCAAUAACAUUUUCUUUGUUGAUCAUUUAAGUUGGUUUGAUGUUUAUAAAGGUGGAUUUGAAACUGCUGCUUUAAAUGGCGUCAAUGCUACAAGAAUCGAUCCAACAAUUGCAAUUUCUGCAUUAGCAGCACAUACUAAGUCAAUUGGGUUCAUAUCCACAAUUAGUACUGUUAGUGAACAUCCGUAUCAUUUUGCAAGAAGAUUGGCCUCAUUGGACCAUUUAACAGGUGGUAGAGCCGGAUGGAAUAUUGUUGGCUCUUAUAUCCCAAGUAUUGGUAAGAACUUGUUGAAUGGCGAACCAUUCCCAGAACACGAUGAAAGAUAUGUUAAAACAGAAGAGUUCUUAGAUGUGGUCUAUAAACUGUUAUUAAGCUCUUGGAGAGAUGAUGCAGUAGUUUAUGAUAAAGAAAAUGGAAUCUUUGCAAAUCCAGAUGCUCUUAGAGAGAUUAAUCACGAGGGUAAAUACUUCAAAGUGAAAGGUCCUGCAAUAACUGAGCCAUCAAGACAGAGAUUUCCAAUUAUAGCACAAGCAGGAAAUUCACCAAAAGGUGUGAACUUCGCAGCUGAGAAUGCCGAGCUAGUUUAUAUUGGUAUUGGUUCAUUGCAUAAAAUACCAGAAAUCAAACGUAUUGCUAAAGAACGUUUCAAUAGAGACCCAAACUCCAUCAAGUUCAUUACUCAAUUAGCACCGUUCUUAGGUAAAACCACAGAAGAAGCACAAGAAAAAUACAGAAUAUUCAAAGAACAUGAAGUUUUGGAAAGUAGUUUAGUCUACUAUGGUGGUGUUUCAGGCCAUGAUGUUGGAUCUUAUGAUUGGGAUGAACCUAUAGAUAUUCCAUCCAAGACAAAUGGUGUUCAAUCUACAGUGGACUUAGUUAAAGGUCGUUUAGAACAUCAAACUAAAAGGGACAUUGCUGAGAAAUGGACUAGUCAUAAUAAACAUGUUGGUACAGCAGAACAAGUUGCCGACCAAAUUGAAGAAUUAGUGGAAAAAUAUGAUAUUGAUGGGUUCAAUUUUGGUGUUAGUGUUGUGAAUGAUUCACUUAAAGAUCUUGUUGAAUUGCUGGUCCCAGAGUUACAAAGAAGAGGUCUAGCUCAAACAGAAUAUCCUUCUCCUGAAGGGACUCUCAGAGAGAAUUUCUAUGGUAUACCUGGUCAAUCUUUCUUACCUGGUGACCAUCCAGCCUAUAACUUGAGAUGGAGAUCUGGUAUUUCAAAAGAACAAUUUGAGAAAGAGUUAGAGCUUUAUGAACGUGUAAGAGAUCAGAGAAGAAAAGUAGCAGAGGAAAGUAUCAAAGCUGCCUCUCAAUAA